CUCUGUUUGCUUAAUCAUUGACCAACAAGCAAUGAGCGAGUGUUUUUAUACUUGGCUAUUAUUCCAUAUAGGCCACAUUGAGUUAGCUGUAAAUUCCGAAUGUAUCGCUUUUCACGUUUCUUGAAAUAUGGGCGGGUGGCGUCAUGGCGUUUUAUGUCUUCGGCCGGAAAUCUUGAUAGCAGAGUGGCAAUUGUUACUGCAGGAACGGAUGGUAUAGGACUAGCAAUUGCCAAAAGAUUGGGACAGAAUGGAGCUCAUGUCGUUGUUAGUAGCCGAAAGCAGGAAAAUAUUGAUCGUGCAGUUGAUGAAUUGAAAUCAAUUGGAAUAAAGGUUUUAGGAAUACCAUGUGACGUUGCUGAUUCUGAACAAAGACAAAAUUUGAUAGAAAGGACAAUGAAAGAUUUGGGUUCCAUAAAUAUUUUUGUUCAAAAUGCUGGAGUCAAUCCCCAUCUUCUUAACAUUAUGGAAACUCCAGGAAGCGUUCUUGACAAAACGUACGCCCUUCAUAUCAAAGCUAACUUUCAGAUCGUACAAGAAAUAUUUCCUCAUAUGGCGAAAAGCAAACACCAAGGUUCCAUAAUACUUACGUCAAGUGUCAUUGGUUAUACAACUCAACAUUUACCUGGAGCGUAUGGAAUCACCAAAGCAUCGAUCAGUGCCAUGGUUCGUGCCUUCAUGUCAGAGCUUUCGAAUCGAAACAUACGAAUAAAUUGUCUUGCAUUUGGAGGAAUUGAUACUUCGUUUCUACAAAAACUUCGACAGAACGAGCCUUUUACUAAAAAUAUGCUGAGUUUAGUUCCGAUGAAACGUUUAGGAACGGCUGAUGAAUGCGCCGGUCUCGCGUCCUAUUUAGCUUCAGACGAUGCCAGUUACGUCACAGGGGAGACCUUCGUUAUUUCUGGUGGGUCGUAUAAUAGACCGUAAGACCAUGGACCAAAAUUUGUCCAGUAAACUGAUCGGGACUAAACAGUGUGAACUAUACGUAUUCAUAACUCGUAUUAAAAUCAAACACAAACAAGAAAAAUAAUUAAUUCUUGUUACUGCAUACAUAUAACUACCAAUUUUUUUUAGUUCUUGAAAACAAUGCUUAUCUUAAUGUUUCUUUUUUCAAUUAUUUGUCGACUGAAUGAGCAAGAAAUUUGUCAAAAUGAGCUUCAUUGCACUAUCAAGCAAAGUA